GGUACCAACAACAAAAUCCCUAACUGGCAACUAUUUUUGACAACUGUCAAACAUCCAAAAAUUUGAAUUUUGCUGCGUGUAUUGGUUAAAAAUCGAAACAUUACCAUGAUUUAUGCACUUAAAUGGAACUUAUUUAUCGAAGUUUCAAUUCGCGUGGUUUUGUGGUGCAUUUUCUUAUGGAUCGAACACUCGGAGCCCUUCAUUCGCGAGAUUUCCGAAGCCGAAGUGUGGAAAUACAAGUAUCCGGUCACUCCCAGCUACGUUACACCCACCGCUUUGUGGAUGACGAUAACAUCCAUUCCUUUGAUAUUUUUCGCAUUUGAGUAUUUUUUAACCAAAAAGGUGGACGAAGUCGCACCUGCGGGCCUAGCAGUAACGCUGGCCUAUUGCUUGAAUGGGUUUGUUACGACCUAUUUGAAAAUUAUUGUGGGGAGGCCGAGACCAGAUUUUUACUAUCGGUGCUUCCCCGAUGGGAAGGGUACGGAUUAUAGGAAUUGUAACGGGGUGAGAAAGAGUUACAUGGACGGUAGGAAGAGUUUCCCUAGCGGGCACUCCUCAUUUUCGUUUAGUUGUAUGGUUUUUAUGACCUUGUACAUUGCGAGAAAAUUUAAUUUAUAUCAAGGGAGUGUCAAAGGACAGUCUUGGCAACUUUGCGUCUGCAUGGUGCCUUUAAUAAUCGCUGCCACAAUUGCUGUUAGCAGAACGUGUGAUUAUCACCACCACUAUGAAGAUAUUAUAGCAGGAGGAUUAAUCGGGACUGUGACGUCUUACCUAUGUUACAAAUUAUAUUUUCCUAAAAGUAUUACUAGUAUAGAUUAAUUUAUUACGAUUUUAAUUAAUUUGACACGCUGUACUUAAAGUUAAUAAUAUUUUCUAUUCCACUCUCAAUGACGUCACCUGGAUGAACAGGACCCAUCCCUGGUGGCGACCCCGUGAUUAUCAAAUCAUUAUUUUCUAAUGUGAUAUACUGUGAUAUGAAAGAAAUUAAUUUUGGUAUGGAGAAAAUUAAAUCGUUUGUGUUUC